CUCCAAGAAGCAAUCUCUCGUAUAUAUGAAGCAGUCGUUCAUAUCAAUCUCUCCAAGAAGUAAUCUCUUCAGUCCAGCCAAAGGAGUUUCUGGGUAAUUUUCUUCCCAUCAUUUGGUUUCUUCAAGGUAAAGAUGAAGAAAUCACCAAUGUACCCGAAAUAUGAGAAUGGAGAUGUAUUUGAUCCCCAUCUGGAUUUUUCAAUGUUCUUAGAGGAAGCAAAAAAGCAUGCAAGUGAUGCAUCAUCAGUCCUCCCGUCAUCCAAUUACGCAGAGAAACAGGUAGCAGUAGAUGAGAAAAAGAACAAGAAAUCAUGGAAAAUUUCUUUCUUCUUCUGGAGGAAAUCAGAGAAAAAGAUGAAGCCCCAGCAUGAGAUGCUCCCUAUAGAAUCACAUGGUGGCUUCCAGGUUCCCAAGCCGAGGCGCAGCGCUGUAUCCGGUCCAAUAUAUGGGAGUGGAGGACGAGUGGGGCCUGCCAACAGGAGUGGCCGCCGCCCGACUUCCGGGCCCCUCAGUGGUUUACUUACUCCCACAAGGAGAGAGGAAUUUGAGAUACCUUAUAUGUGUCUGGACCAGCUUAACCACCCUAGUAGAUCACAAUCACAGGCCUUUGGACCCAUUUACCUCGUAACAUGAGUUCAUGAAGGCAUUUUGGUCCCAUUUUCCUUAAAAAGUAGGAGGUUUGGGCACUCUGAUUCAAGGAGAGGCUUUUAUAUGAAAGAUUGGUUGUUUGAUGAAAUAGGGGCAUAUUGGAAAUCAUUGGUGAAGCUGGUGAAACUAUGCAUUGAAUAGGAGACUGGUAAGAUUUACAUGUGAUAUAAAGCUGUUUUGAA